AUGGCCGAGAACAAGCUCAUCUGUGUCAUAGGAGCUACGGGAAACCAAGGCGGGUCAGUCGCCCGUCGGUUUCGUAAGGCGGGUUUCCGUGUCCGUGGCUUGACCCGCGAUACAUCGUCGCCCGCAGCACAGAAGCUUGCGACUGAUGGCAUUGAAGUUACGAAAACAGACCUGGACGACUUGGAGAGCCUCAAGCACGCUCUAAAGGAUGCCAAUGUCAUAUUCAGUGUUACAAACUACUGGGAGCCGUUCUUUCGCCCGGACUGCCGUCAGAACGCCAGUGGGUUAGGCAUCUCACCUGCUCGGUUUGCCUACGAUGUCGAAUAUCAACAAGGCAAGAAUAUUGCCGACGCCGCAGCGGCGACCUGCGAUUCUCUCGACUCGAACGGUUUCCUAGUGUCCACGCUAAGCCAUGCUGCUAAGUCCAGCCAGGGAAAAUUCAUGAAGUUGUACCAUUUCGACUCUAAGGCGGAUAUCUUCCCCUUCUACGUUAGAGAAAAGUACCCUGACCUUGCAGCCAAGAUGUCCUGCAUCCAGACCGGUUACUUCUAUACAAGUUUCAACAUCUUACCUGACUCGUAUUUUGGCAAGGCAAGUAAUGCUCCCACAAUUGAAGAGUUUGACUUAUGA